CAUGUGGUACAUGACUCUAGCGUUUCUUGUCAUUGUGUGUGUAAUCACAGUGAAAUGGCAGAGUCUAAUAAACCUCAGGAUCAGCUCAGCUGUCCAGUCUGCCUUCAUCUACUGAAGGAUCCAGUGACCAUUCCCUGUGGUCACUGUCUCUGUAUGGUGUGUACUAAUGACUGCUGGAAUCAGGAGGAUCAGAAGGGAACCUAUAGCUGCCCUCAGUGCAGACACUCCUUCACUCCAAGACGUGCUGCAGUGCCAAGAGUUCAGAUGAUUCUCCCUCCUGAACCCAAAAGCAAGAGUUCUUUGAAUAGCUCUCUGGUGUCCCAGCUCUGUUGUGGUUGGAGUGUGAAUCCUCCUGUCCAGGUGGGGGCGCUAUUGUUUCUGUAAGUGCGGCUCUUCAGCCUCAGUGAAGGGGAGAGAGGAGAGGACAGCUGGCGUAGGCAGUCCGCUCGCUCCAGCUGUGUGUUUGGAGAGAGAGAGAUGGAGAAAGAGAGAGAGAGAGGGAAAGAGGACUCCCGCUCUAAUGAAGAAAUGAACGCGCAGUCGCAUUUACCGCCAGACGCAACACAAGAUGCCAAGGGGAUGAAUCACACUGCUGAAACCAGGAGAGCUUAGAAUAUGGGAACAUGGCGUUCAUAAGAAGCUUCAGUGCUCAGCAACCCUUCGCCGAUCCUCUCCUCGCGGCACAGACACAGACGAAGCCAGGCAAGGAGAGAACUCACCACUGCUUUGAGUGCGGGAAGAGUUUUACCCGACAGAGCACUCUACAGCGACACCAGCUCAUCCACACAGGAGAGAAGCCGUUCUACUGCUCCCAGUGCGGGAUGAGUUUUAACGUGCAGAGUAACCUCCAAACACACCAGCGCAUCCACACCGGAGAGAAGCCGUACUGCUGCGGCGAGUGCGGGAAGAGCUUCACUCGACAGAACGUUCUCCAGAGACACCAGCGCACUCACACGGGAGAGAAGCCGUAUCAUUGUUCAGAGUGUGGAAGAAGUUUUAAUCAGCACAGUCAUCUCCAGCUACACCAGCGCAUUCACACAGGCGUGAAACCGUACGACUGCUCGGAGUGCGGGAUCAGUUUCACUAGACUGAGUCAUCUCCAGAGACACCAGCGCAUUCACACAGGAGAGAAACCUUAUUACUGCUCAGAGUGUGGGAAGAGCUUCAGACAUUCACACACUUUAAAGAUACACAAAUGCGUUGAGACGGAGGUGCAAAUUCAUGACACGUAAGUGUCGGAUCACGAUUUGCGUUCUCAGUGCUUAGGAGCACGAACAGUGUGCUGUUGCAGCUUAGAAUAGCCACUAAUUUAAGAAAAACGUCCUCUUUCUCAUAAUUCAUAUGCAAAAGUUUGAACAUCCCUGGUUGAAUGACGGGUUUAAUAAGUUAACACAUGGGUCAUUCUACAGAAACGUCCACUUUUCCAUCUAUCCAAAGGAGUCACUGAUCGUCAUUGGUGUUACACGUAAAGGUAACACCAGUGACAUUUUUAACAAAAAUGCAUUUUACUAAAUAACUGCUACAGAGCAUCAAACCACAUGUCG